GCCAGCAGCCUGUGGCUCUUAUCUAGCAGCUCCCUCCCCACCCAGAAACAGGAGCAACACCGAUGUGAAGAAGAUGGUUCCAACUUUGGCUCUGCUUCUCCUCAGCCUUUCGGCUUUGUCCACAACCGUAUUGCCUGCAAAAGUUUGCAGCCGACCUCCUAUCCCUGAAGGAGUCAACGCUUCAGCUCUGAAACGUGUGUUUGAGGUUGGGGAAGAGGUGACCCUCUCGUGUGAGCGAGGGUACUCGUCUUCAGCAGCUUCGUCUUCGAGAAUAACCUGCACAGCUGCAGGGGAAUGGACGCAGUCGAACCUGGCCUGCUCCCCCAAAAUGUGCCCAAUUCCUCGAGUCCUGCAGCCAUAUGCGAGGGGGAGAACAGAGGCUCCUUAUAAGAGUGUUCUAAACUACACAUGUGACGAUGGGUAUGACCUUCAAGGAUCCAAUGAGAGCAAGUGUUUACACGAUGGCACCUGGAGUCACCCACCUCCUGUCUGCAAAGCUGUGAACUGUCCCCUUCCCAAACCACCAAGAGACGGAAGAGUCGUCCACGAUAAGCCAGUUACAGGAACUACAACCAUCUAUGGACACAGCUGGAUGUAUGAGUGCAAUCCGCCUAAAGCCCCAACCUACGAGAGAGGGUUCUGCAUGGCUAACGGAACCGCAACAGAACCACCAGUUUGUCGAGAGGUGAGCUGCCCCAUCCCAACGAACAUACCCUACGGCUACAUCACGUUUGCUGUGAUGAGACAACAUGGAUACAAGGAGAAGGUUAGGUACGCCUGCAAUGAGCACUACACUCUGGAGGGUGAGGCUGAGAUCCAGUGCCAAAACACAGGAAACUGGUCCUCAAAACCAGUCUGCAGGGCUCCCUGCACGGUUGGUAUUAAAAGGGGCCGUAUCUUCUACAACGCUAAGAAGCUCUGGAUUGAAGAACUGAAGCCAAACAGAGUGCUCCACAGAGAGCCCGUUGUCUUCUACUGUCUGAAUAAAACCGAGAAGUGUGGCUAUCCUGUGGCCAGCACCUGCAAUGAUGGCAACCUCCCAAUCCCAGAAUGCUUUCAGGAACCAGGAAAAAUGGAGUACAACUUGAAGGCUAAAACGCUUCCAUCAGAAAUCAGAAUGUGCACUGCGUCACCCACCCCAAGGCCGACCAGCUCUGCAAGACCUUCAUAACAAGAUUACAUAUUUGACAACUGAAACUAAGACUACUUUUGAUGAGGCCUGCUGUUAAUUCUCUUGUUUUAAUGGCAACAAAUAAAUUACAGAAAACUGUUGAAAAAGUUAUUAAA